GCCUCGGUGACAUUGGGCCUUGGCAGCUGAACGGAGAGGACGGCUCCGGAGCCUUGUAGAGAGUGAGAUCUUCGGCUGCGCCCGCUGCAGCCAUGUUUCGCGUUAUACUCACCCACGCCAAGAAACACCCCAGCUUGAUCCCUCUAUUUGUGAUCAUUGGAUCUGGAGGCAUUGGCGCAGGCCUGUAUCUCAUGCGCUUGGCCAUGUUCAACCCUGAUGUCAGCUGGGACAGGAAAAACAAUCCAGAACCUUGGCAGAAAAUGGCUCCCAGUGACCAGUACAAGUUCUACUCAGUUAAUGUAGACUACAGCAAAUUUAAAAAGGACCGUCCUGACUUCUGAACACCACACUGAUCUCCCUAAGCUGCACAGAAGGUCUUCCGGAAGCCGUCCGUACAAUUGUCACACUUAAUCAUCCUGGAAAUAAUCCAACUUGCCUCACACUGCACAUGGGCAUGUGUUUGAAAGUGUUUUGAUGAGGCUUAAUAAACGUUUGAAAC